UGGAAACGCCAAGACGCUAGUAUUUAUCAAGCUAGUGGGCUUAAGCGAAACUUCGCGCACCAUUUUGAGUCGCACCUCAACUCGUUCAAGACGACUACCAACGAAGCGACGAAGCGCCCCGACAAUUCCGGCACGAUUUUAACUCAUAUAUCGCAGAAAUGUCUUCAAAAAGAGGUCGCGGUUCCUCCUCCGGUAACAAGCUCAAGAUGACGCUUGGUCUGCCAGUCGGUGCCGUCAUGAACUGCUGCGACAACUCCGGUGCCCGCAACUUGUACAUCAUCUCCGUGAAGGGUAUCGGUGCGCGCUUGAACAGACUUCCUGCUGGUGGUGUGGGUGACAUGGUCAUGGCCACUGUCAAGAAGGGAAAGCCCGAAUUGCGAAAGAAGGUCAUGCCCGCAGUCAUCGUCAGGCAAAGCAAGCCGUGGAGGAGAGCGGACGGUGUCUUCCUCUACUUCGAAGAUAACGCUGGUGUGAUUGUCAACCCGAAAGGUGAAAUGAAGGGAUCUGCCAUCACUGGACCUGUAGGAAAGGAAGCUGCCGAGCUGUGGCCACGUAUUGCCAGUAACUCAGGUGUGGUGAUGUGAGCUUUGGUAUUUCCCUGUUGAUGUUCUUUAUGAGGUUAUCCGGGCAUGCGCUACAUGCAUUUGGUGUCACGGACAUGGGGUAGACUUUUGCUAUAAAGAAGCAAGAGACCAAACCAAAUCAAGCAAAUAAAUCAAUUAGUCCAACACUCUGGAACCUGCGGACUGGAACGUGAACGGGAAAUGACGUAUUGACGAAUAUUGC